AUGUCGGACCAGUUUCGAGUUUCAGAGGAUCCCAGUCUCGGCGGGACAUAUUCUGGGGUUGAACCAAUGGGUCUACUGUGGAGCCUCAGACCGGUUCCAGGCAGCAAACCUGGACUCAGGAUGAGGAAGAUGAAUGUCCAGACUCCCAUGGAGGUCACAAUCUCGGUGUACCAGGGUCACCAGACUGAGGGGUUCUUGGAUCAAGUGCCGCUGGCCGAUGUGUUGGUGGAGCGCUGGUUCAUGGUGCCUGGUGUCCGCAGGAUCCCGAUCACAGAGUACAAACUCACUGCGACCCUUUUCCUGCCCCCAGGACCCGGACCUUUCCCCGGCCUCCUGGACCUGUGGGGGGCCGGAGGGAAGCUGGUGGAGUACCGCGCGGCGCUGCUGGCCUCCCACGGCAUCGCCUCCCUGGCUCUCGACUAUCUGACGCCUAAAAUCACCAUGGAAACCGGGAAGAUGGUGGACAACGAGUACUUUGAGACGGCCUACAGAGUCCUGCAGCAGCAUCCUCAGGUCCUCAGCAGCAGGAUCGCCAUGUUGGGCCUUUCCCCUGGCGCCAGUGUCACCCUCAAAAUGGCUGCCUACUCCCAAGUUGUAAAGCUCAGGUGUGCAGUGUGUAUCGGUGGGAGUCAUGUGCAGCAAGUUGACGGUUCUUUGAAAGAAAUGUUAGACUUCUUUUGCAAAAACCUCGGGAAGAUUCGCCACAAUAAGGAGAACCAGACGAUCUGGCGACACCUGCCACUGCCCACCCCGACCGACCCCUCACUCAAAGUGGACCAACAGUCUUGCGAGGUGGAGACACGGUGUCUCAUUCUCACGCUCGGGACGACGCCUGGAGGAGGACGCUGGGCUUCCUGAGGGAGAAUCUGUACGGCAGCCGAAAACCCUGCUGGGACCUCAUCAUCGCACCUUUGGCAGAGACCCCCUGACAAACUGGACCGAGUCUCAGUCUCCUACCGGACCAUCUCUGCCAGUGUAUUUUAUGAACUUUAAAGCGAAUCAACAUGUCUCCAGGAGUGACGUCAUCAGAUGCCAGUCAGUCGUUAGAUUUAACACUGCUUCAAGUCUCAUCAAAUUCGCACGGAUGGCUCAACACUUGGGAUCCGUCAGAGUUCCGACUGGUCUGCUCUGCAUGUUUUAAUCCAUCACAGACACGUACACAGUAAUUCAUAUUCCCGCUGAUCAUCAGUCUCACUCCAUUUCCAUGAAAAUCAACUUGCACAGUGUUUUGACGCUUGCUGCAGAGAGAUAAUCCAUCACAGCCAAGAUCAAUUUUAUUACAUUUCGUCAAAGUUGCAUUAUGUCAUGUGGUGGUGCUGUGGAGAGCGGAGACGCUCUGACAACUGAGAUUUCGGUUUUAGCUCUAAUAUGCUUAUUGUUCUUAGUCGAGGUUUUUCUUUUCUGACUACAUUAACUACUGUUAAUGACUAAAUUCCUUUCUAGAGUAAUAAUGGACAUUAGCCCUGGUUCGUUUACUUGUGGUUCAAAUGGUGUCGGUGUGCCGAUAAGAAACUGACCUUUCCUCUCGGCGGAAGGACGCAGCAGUGAGGCAGAGUGGUAACCCAGAUGAAGCACGAAAGCCUGUCUAGAAUGAAGCUUAGAUUCAUCUGUAGUUCUCUCAAGUAUUUUAUUAUCAGAGCAACACAAACAGCAGCUCCUUUCGAACAUUGCAGCACAUUAUUCAUCUGCUGUAAUAUUGCCUGGUUCCAUGCUGUUUGGUAAAAUUAACACAAACACAAACUAAUUUUCACCAUAGAAAUACUCUAUAAAUACUCUUCCUACUUUUGUGCAUUGUAAAUACUCGUACUUUUGGUUGUUUAAGUGCAUUUUGUUGAUAAUACUGUACUUAUGCAGGACUUUUACCUGCAAUGAUGCAUUUUUAUAGUGGGGUUUUGCUUCUUUUACUGGUAAAUUAAAUGAACAAUUGAACACCUCUUCCACAGCUGCAGUGUGUCACACCAGGAGGUGGCUUUAAAACUCACAUCUGUCCGUUAGAAGACACCUGAAACCCCCCCCCAUACAUCUAAAAUCGCUUCUACGGUUU